UCCGCCACCCUCCAAACAUCGCAACCUCCCCACGUCCUCCUCCACCACCACUCCCACACGGCCACACCCCUUCGCUCCGCCACCUCCGAGACUCCCCCGCGCAGGCCGGCGUCGGUGCGUGGUCGGAGAGAUGGGGCAGCAGCGCACGCUGGUGUACAGCUUCGUGGCGCGGGGCGCCGCCGUGCUAGCGGACCACGCCGAGGUCUCCGGCAACUUCGCCUCCGUCGCCGCGCAGUGCCUGCAGAAGCUCCCCGCCAACAACAAUCGCUUCACCUACAACUGCGACGGGCACACGUUCAACUACCACGUCCAUGAUGGAUUCACAUACUGCGUUGUUGCUACUGAAGCUGCUGGCCGGCAGCUUCCAAUUGGCUUCAUUGAGAGGGUUAAGGAAGAUUUUUCCAAGAAAUAUAGUGGAGGGAAAGCCAGAAGUGCUACUGCCAACGGCCUCAAGCGAGAAUAUGGGCCUAAACUUAAAGAGCACAUGAGGUACUGUGACCAGCACCCUGAGGAGAUUGACAAGCUUGCAAAAGUGAAGGCUCAGGUCACAGAGGUCAAGGGAGUAAUGAUGCAAAACAUCGAAAAGGUCCUAGAUCGUGGUGAGAAAAUUGAACUGCUCGUUGAUAAAACAGAGGACCUACGGUCGCAGGCACAAGACUUCAGGCAACAGGGGACAAAGAUACGGCGAAAGAUGUGGUGGGAGAAUAUGAAGAUGAAGCUCAUUGUUUUCGGCAUUGUGGUUGCCCUGAUCCUCCUCAUUGUCUUGACAGUUUGCAAGGACUUCAAUUGCUGAUAAGAAGGAAACACAGGGAAGAAAAGGAAAACAACCACGUAGGGAGUGCAUUACCAUCACACCAUAGGACCAGAAUCCAUAUCCGCGGUGUGAUGUUGACAUUGAUCACAUUGUCCUUAGUUGUGUCUAGAUCUUUGGGCUCAAAGUUAUUACAGAGCUCUUUCUAUUAUUCUUAAUAAUUGUAAUAGUAGUAUAUUGUUGUGAAUUGUAAAUCGGAUAUGGUAUUCUCUGUGACUCAGUGCAGAGAUUGCUCAUGCAGUUGGCUUCCGAGUCGGUGACACUUAGUUGCCUUAUUAUGUUUUAUAAGAUAUUUAUUGGUAGGGACCAUACAUAGGUGAACCGCA